AUGCCCGAGACAGCAGCUCAGGAGAAUCCCACUCCGCCCAAAGAAUCCUCCUUCUCCAUCAAAAACCUGCUGAACUGUGAUCGAAAGCCUUCGAAGCCCAAGACUUUGCUUUCGGCGGUGAAGGGGGUGGUUGAAGGUGCUGCUUUUUCCUUACCUCACUGCAGGGAGCCCGGAUUCCCAAGGUUUGAAAUCCCGACGCAGAGGUUUGCGCUCCCGGCGCACUAUCUGGAGAGGUCGCCCGCCUGGUGGUAUCCCUGCACGCUGUCACCGGGCGUCCACCUCCCUAGGACAGAAGCUCCCGAGAAGGGCAGCGCUUGUGCAAGAGACUCCUCUCCAGAUAGAGACUCUCCAGAGCCGGCGCUCAAAAUCGAGACAGAUCACAAGGAAAAGGAAGAUUCCAAAAGUCUGGAAGAGAUCGUGCUGGAGGAAUCUAGCGACGCAGAGGAACAAAAGAAGGACGGCAAUAACAACGAGGACUGGAAAAAAAGGGCAGAAAGUCCGGAAAGGAAGCCGUGCAGGAAGAAGAAAACUCGCACGGUUUUCUCCAGGAGUCAGGUUUUCCAGCUGGAGUCGACCUUCGACAUGAAGCGCUACCUGAGCAGCUCGGAGAGAGCGGGGCUUGCCGCCUCUCUCCAUCUGACUGAGACGCAGGUUAAAAUCUGGUUCCAGAACCGCCGGAAUAAGUGGAAAAGGCAGCUGGCUGCCGAGCUCGAAGCGGCCAACCUGAGCCACGCGGCUCAAAGGAUAGUCCGGGUGCCCAUCUUAUACCAUGAGAACUCGGCUUCGGAGUCUGGGAGCCCGGGUAAUGCACCAGUCACCCAGCCUUUACUAACAUUCCCACAUCCAGCCUAUUACUCACAUCCUGUAGUCACAUCCGUACCCCUCCUGCGGCCAGUCUGA